AUGAACCAGACGUGGUAUCAAGUCGUUCUUCUCGCAUGCUUCGCGGUCUGCGGAGUGACAUCUACUUCCAAUGUCUCAGAGAAUGCUACUCAGGAUCUAUUAACGAAUAAUCGAGUGAGGACUUUAACAGACAUGGAUAAUACUCUGGAUAGAAACUGGACCACCUUGUCAAAUGUAUUAGACAUCUUCAACGUGCGUCAUCUUGCGAAUAAUUGGACCGAAGCAAAGUAUCCCAUCGAGGAAGAGUGUGCGAAAGACAUCACUAGGUACAUCGAAGGUUUGAAGAGGCACGAAGGAUGGGCUCUGAAAGCUGACGACGCUUCAGGCAGAUACACCAACAGCUUCUUCUGGGGAAACUCCUAUUAUGUAGGAUCGUCCACCGAAUGUGCCUAUAUCGACGAAGAUUAUGGGAGGAAUAUGAAAAAUGUUCGACGAGAUGCGUCGUCGAUGGAAGAAGUGGAGGAAUUCAACACUGAGCCACAAAAAAAGAACAGUGGACUCAGUGGGAACAAUCUAUGGACUGGAAUCAGAUUGAACAAACCACCAUAUAAAUUAGGAUUUUAUAUGAUGACCAUUUCGAUGAAUACUACUCUGUCUCCAGUGACGAGAACCAUUUAUCUGGGAAUUUGUCUGCCCUUCUCAUGCUCUGCUUCUGAUGUCUCCGUAAUAGCAAAGCUUGCAGCUAGUGAGGAAGCGGCAAAACAUUCGUCAAUAGAAAAGAUACGAGAUCAGCAUGACAUGUAUAAUAUGUACGAGGAUCCAGUAUUCUGGAUUCUAUUUGGUGUGACUGGUGGCGUCCUGAUUUUGAUGGUAAUCGGUACCGGGUACGAUCUCUAUGUAACGAGAAAAUAUACUCGUGGAAGGAACGUGAUGUACGAUUUAGAAAGGCACGCAAAACUCGAACAGCUAGCCGCCCAAAAUCAAAAGUCUCUAAGUGCUUUUCAAGGUAAGGUCUACCUUCCUGUUCCAGCGGCAGAAGCUAUCAUCAACGGAGCUCAGUCGUUAGCUGUAGUUAAUAACAACAACGAUCAUGAAGGUAGUCCUCGUUCAGCUAGUCCGGAAAUACACAAAUUCAGUGUCUUCGAGGAAUUGUUGCUUUCGUUCUCAGUUCGAACCAACGUAAAGAUCAUCUGCGACGACAAAGUCGGUGGAGAUACUAUCAGCACUAUUCAUGGCCUCAGAGCGAUUUCGAUGGCCUGGGUUAUCCUUGGUCAUACCUGUAUCACCGCUUUCAAGUAUUCCGAUAAUAUGGAAUAUCGAAAGGUCGUGGAAAAGAAGUUCCUUUUCCAAACUGUCACGAACGGAGCUUUCAGCGUCGACACGUUCUUUUUCAUGGGAGGCUUACUCGUCAGCUUCCUGUACUUCAGAACGAACGCAAAAGGAGACUUAAACAAACUCACUCAGGGUACGCGAGGUGUGGUUGCUGGUGGUCUGAAAUUUAUCGGUCUUCUUGGAUAUCGAUUUUGUAGACUCACGGCUCCCUAUAUGUUUGUACUGGGAGUGGUUCAAAUUGCAAUGAAAUGGUUCCAUUCGAAUUCUGUAUUUGAACCACCAACUGCUGAUCAUUAUAAUUGUCCUAAUUAUUGGUGGAGGAAUUUACUGUAUAUCAAUACAUUGUUUCCGGUCGAUCAAAUGUGUAUGAUUUGGAGCUGGUAUGUCGCAGAUGAUACUCAAUUCUAUAUCGUCGGUGCUGUGAUAUUGGUUUUAGCAACGAAUCACUUCAAAAUCGCAACAUUCGCGACGAUUGCUUUGCUUUUUAGUUCCUGGUUAACGACGGGAUAUAUUGCUCUAGUGAAUAAUCACAUGCCAAGCUCCGACGACCCGUUGGCACUCUUUGACAAAAUCUACGAUAAACCAUGGACCAGAUUAGGUCCUUACCUAAUAGGCAUGUCGAUGGGAUAUUACCUGUUCAGGGUUGAUUGUAAAAUAAAAAUGUCCAAGACAACCAUCUGCGUGGGUUGGCUCCUUUCUUCUGCGUGUCUUUUGAGUUUGUUGUACGGUUUAUACGAAGCAGAACUCAGCCCUAUAAUGGCAGCUGCUUACUCCUCUUUAAGUCACAGUAUUUGGGCACUUGGUUUAUCGUGGAUCGUAAUUGCGUGCAGUACAGGAUACGGAGGAUACGUAAACAGUAUUCUGUCCGCACCAAUUCUGUAUCCAGUGAGUAGAACAACAUAUUGUGCCUACUUGGUACAUCCGCUGGUAAUCCGAUUAACAGCCAUGAACUUAGACUCGCCAUUUCAUUUAGGGAAAUAUACCAUGAUGAUUACUUUCUUUGGACAAUUAGUUCUAUCCUACUUAUUAUCGUUCAUCAUAUCGGUAUCCUUCGAAGCUCCUAUCGUAAGCAUGUUAAAGAUACUUUCUCCCAAAAAACGGAAACGCAUACAAUGA